AUGUCAUCAAUACUAGGACCCUCUCUCCCAGGAGACCCAUCGCUCACUCCGCGAGUGAUCGGAGCCGGUUACUCGAGGACAGGAACGGUAUCAUUCACCAUAGCCCUGCAGAAACUCCUCAAUGGCCCCGUCUGCCACACCGGAUCCGUAUGCUUUAACCGUGAAGAAGCCAUCAUAAAGCAAUUCUGCGCCAUAGGCAAAGCAGAUCCGGUGAAAGACCACGCACUGAUAAACAACACCCUCCGCGGCAUUUUCGCCGGCUAUGUAGGCUUGACAGACAGUCCGGGAUCAAUGUACGUCGGGGAGCUGGCAGAAGUCUACCCCGACGCCGUGGUCAUCUGUACGACGCGGGAUGCUGAACGCUGGUGGGAGAGCGUGCAAGAGCUAGAGAAGACCGUGGUGGCGUUUUGGAUGCAAGAUAUUUUGUUUGCGCCCAUGCCGAGUCUGAGGUAUUUCAAGACGUUUGUUAUGUCCAUGGCGCCGAGCGAGGUCCUGGUAACUUUCCCCUCUUUUACUCCAAACACACACACUCUCUCUACAGUAUAUCCCCCACUAAACACCCUCCCAGACCACCUCCAAAUCCACGCAGAAUAUCUCAAACGAGUCGUCCCCUCUUCCCGCCUAUUCUUCUUCGACGUCAAAGACGGCUGGGCUCCGCUGUGCAAGAUCCUAGAAUGUCCGAUUCCAGACGAGCCGUUCCCGCAUGCUAACGAGAACGAGGCUAUGCAGGAGUUUUUUGCUGGCAUGUUUAGGGCUGCCGUGGUCAGGUGGAUGCAGAUUAUUGCUGGUGGUGGGCUUUUGGCUGUGUUUGGGGUGUGGAUUUACGGGAGAUAUGGGGCUGGGUAUUAG